CAAUUAAAUCGAAAUUUGAAGACGUUGAAGGAAACUGUCCAGCGCCUGUUGAUCCAGUUGUCAGAGUUUCUCUAAUAACCCAAGAUGAUGCCAUUGUAUCUGAUGUAGUCGUUUCAGUAUUGUCCUCAGAUGAUGCCCUGGUAUCUAAUGUAGUAGUGUCAGUAAUGUCUUCACAUGAUGCGAUGGUAUCUAAUGCAGUCGUUUCAGUCAACACUGAUGCUACAGAUGAUGCUUCAGUAUCUGACGCUUUCUCA